AUGGUCUCCUUCCGGCUUGAGCCUCUGCGCCUCUAUGGUCCCCACUUCCGGUUGCUAGAAGGGCGCGACUCUAUGAUCCUGCGCCCGCCGAACGCGACUGUCUCUCCCGCCCGUCCUGGCUGCGCCCAGCUCCUCUCUAUGGUCUCCACUUCCUGCUUCCGGGCGACGUUCUGGCCGGCCUCCGCCGAACUGACCGGGCUCCGGCAGCGUGUGGCCUUUCUGGAUAAGGAGCUCGCCAAGGCUCAGAAGGCUCUGGGGAAAAGCAAGAAAGCUCAGGUGAGGCUGGCCCGUCAGCGGAGUGGGAAAGCUUCGGGCGGGCAGCGUUCUCUGUCUCCGGUACGGGGACCCCGUCUCUGCUGUUCGUGCCCCAGGACCAAGCUGGCGGAGAUCCAGCAGCAGAAAGACGAGGAGCUGAAAUCGCUGCAGCUUUGCAACCAGAAACUGCAGCAGGAGCUGCAGGCAGCCGCACAGAGUGCCUCGGAGGUGCGGGAACAGCUGCAGAGCCGCCAGAGGGAGCACGCGGACGCCCUUCACGCCUUGCAGGACCAGGUGGUCUGCCAGAGCGCAGAGACCCAGGAGCAAGUAGAGACGAUUCUCUCUGAGAACGAUGCCCUGAGAACCAAUCUAGCGGCGCUUGAGCAGAUCCAGACAUCGAAGACCCAGGAGCUGAACCUGCUGCGGGAGCAGAGUGCAGCGCUCAGCCUGGAGCUGCAGCAGAGGCAGAGCGAGAAGGAGGUGCUGGCCGGGCAGCGGGACGACCUCGACACCCAACUACAGGAAUCCAUCCGAGCCAACAGCCGCCUCCUAGAACAACUGCAGGAGCUGGGCCAGGAGAAGGAGAAGCUGGUUGUGGAGCUGGAAGAGGCCAGGAAGAGCGCAGAACAGCGCGAAGGUCCUGCUGGAUGCGCUGGCGUGACGGCGCAGCAGGAAAGGGGGGGGGCAGCACCAGGAGGCGCGGGCGACCUGCGGGUGCAGCACGACAAGGAGGUGCUGGGUGUCCGGCGAGUAGAGCGGGAGCUGCGCCAGCUGCACGAGGAGAAGCAACGGCCAUGCAGGAGCGCUGCGGGGCAGCUCAAGAGGAAGAAGGCCCGGACCCGGGAGCUGGAGAGCUCACAGCAGACGGUGGAGGAGCUGCGCCUGCAAAUCCAGUCCAUGGACGGGGCCAAAGGCUGGUUCGAGCGGCGGCUCAAGGAAGCGGAGGAGCUGAUUGAAAAGCACCAACGGGACCAUGAAGAGACGCUUCGAGUGUGCAAGGAGCAGCACGUGGCCGAGCUGAAGCUAAAGGACCAGGAGAUGGACGCUGCCAGGGAGCAGCUGCAGGCGGCCGAGAGCUCCCGGGACGAGCACGUGGGCACGAUCAGCCGCCUCAGACAGGAGGUGAAGGACACGGUGGACGGCCAGCGCAUCCUGGAGAAGAAAGGCAGCGCUGCCCUCAAAGACUUGAAGCGGCAGCUGCAGCUGGAGCGGAAGCGGGCGGAUAAGCUGCAGGAGCGACUGCAGGAGAUCCUGACCAACAGCAAGACACGGACGGGGCUCGAGGAGCUGGUCCUGGCCGAGAUGAGCUCCCCCUGCCGGGUGCAGACGGGCGACAGCAGCAGCAUCUCGUCCUUCAGCUACCGGGAGGCCAUGAAGGAGGGGUCUGGGCCCGGCAGCACCAAGUCCAACACGGGGAGCCCCCAGUCCCAGCGCCCUGCGGACCUGUCGGACGAGGAGAUCUCGGAGCUGUUCCAGCGCCUGGCAGAGACGCAGCAGGAGAAGUGGAUGCUGGAGGAAAAGGUGAAGCACCUGGAAGUGAGCAGCUCCUCGAUGGCGGCGGAUCUGUGCCGGAAAAGUGCCAUUAUUGAGACCUACGUCAUGGACAGUCGCAUUGAUGUGUCAGCCCCCCACGGGCCCCUGGAGCGCGGUGGCCUGGGCAGCGUCCUGCGGGACCUGGUGAAGCCGGGCGACGACAACCUGCGGGAGAUGAACAAGAAGCUGCAGAACAUGCUGGAGGAGCAGCUCACCAAGAACAUGCACCUGCAGAAGCACCUGGAGGUCCUAUCCCAGGAGAUCGUGCGGCUGAGCAAGGAGUGUGCCCCCCUCCCCCUGCCCACCCCCAACGGCGCCGACCCCCCCUGACACCCCCGUGCACUGCG